UUUUAAGUGAGACCUGUGGGCAUUUUCCUCACUCAAUCUCACUCACGGAGUGAAUGUGCAGCCACUGGGAGAAGUGGAGGGGUGGGGGGGUCCAGUUCCCUGCUCGCUCGCUGGAAGGAUAGGAAUUGGGAGCAGCCCCGACCCGCAGCCAGGGUGCAGCUUGGCAGUCCCAGGCUUUUUGCACCUCGUCUGAGAAAGAUGAAGUCCAGAUAUGUUGCAGUACACGUCAUUGCUGCAGUGUUCUUUGCUUGUUGGAUUACCAGUGCCAGCGCGUGCAAUAAGGCUUUGUGUGCUAGUGAUGUUAGCAAGUGCCUCAUCCAGGAACUGUGCCAGUGCCGCCCUAUAGAUGGAAACUGUUCGUGUUGCAAGGAAUGCAUGCUUUGCUUGGGUACUCUGUGGGACGAAUGCUGCGACUGUGUGGGAAUGUGCAAUCCCAGGAACUAUAGCGAUACGCCACCAACCUCAAAGAGUACAGUAGAGGAACUUCAUGAACCCAUCCCAUCACUGUUCCGUGCUCUUACAGAAGGUGAAACUCACCUGCACUGGAACAUUGUAUCUUUCCCUGUCUCUGAAGAACUCACCUAUCAUGAAAACCUCGUCUCGUUUUUAGAAAGCUUUGAUAUGUCUCCACUCCAAAAUGUGUCACUGCCUGAAGACAGUCCGCAUGUACAACUUGAGAGUGAGAAAGAGCCUCUCUGCACAGUGGUCUACUUUGAUGACUGCAUGUCUAUCCAUCAGUGUAAGAAUUCGUGUGAGUCUAUGGGUGCUUCAAAAUACAGAUGGUUUCACAAUGCCUGCUGCGAAUGUAUAGGCCCAGACUGUAUCGAUUAUGGCAACAAAGUGGUCAAGUGCAUGAAUUGCACCUUUUGAAGGCAAGAACCAUAAAGAUGUGAAGACAGUACGUAUAACCCAUAGAGCUAAAGGUGGUUACCUUCUUGUUAAGCGAGGUUUUAUUUUGUUUCACUGUUUUUAUUGUUAAAUCUCUCUGCACUCCAUGCUUAAGAAUGUAGACAUAAAUUGGAUGUUUGAUCGUGAAAUUGGAAACUGCAGAUUUUUUUGCAGUAUACUUUACUGAUGUUUUGUAAUUUAAACAUUGUACUGACAUAUGUAGAUAUUCAGAAUAAGUCAGUUGUAGCUUUUCUAGUCUUUCAUUUGAUGUAUUGUUCCUUAUGCAUUAUGCCUGCUUAUACAAACGUAUUGUGUGAAUAAACUGUUGUGACAAAG